AGUGGGCAACGACGACGAGCGCGCGGUGCCUCGACCACCACCAAGAACCAUCACCACCCCCACUGCCCUUUCCUCCUCCUCCUCCUCCGCCUCCGCACCUCCUCCUCCUGCCCCUCCCCCUCCCAUUUCUCCUCCCCCUCUUCAUUCUUCACGACUACCACUACGCGACUACCAUCGCAAUCAACCACCGUCACGGAGGAACAGACCCAACUACACUCCUCUCUCUACCUAGUCCGGUAGACACGCGGGGUAGCACGAGACACGGGACACGGGACACGGGACACGGGACACGGGACAUACGAGACAGUGGUGCCACUACACCACACGACGACGACAACUCACAGAGAGAGAGACGAGGUACUGGUUGGUCGGUCGGUUGGUUGGUUGGUUGGUUGGUUGGUUGGUUGGUUUGCUGCCGUUGCUGCUGCCUGUCCGGACACUAAGCCAGCCGCACCACGUAGGGAACCUCGCGGUUCCUGCCUUGGAGAGGUGUUUUUUUUUUUUCCACGAAAAUUAAAAAAAAAAAAAACAAGAAAAUAAAAAAUAAAAUAACGCGAGACCAAAAAACGAGUGUCCAGGAUACGAUUAAACUGACAUGAAAAUUGAUACACGUGAUACGCCUGUAAAAUAGUGUUCGUGAAAAAUAAACUGGUACGGAAAUUCUGGAACAGUGUUGUGCCACCUGCGGAACGAGUAGAAGGAGAGAAGAGAGGGAUGUGACUUCCAUCUUUUCGCCACCCCAAUCGAAACGGUAGCAACGACCAACGGUAACUCCUACCCGAACUCCUCCAGUUUAUUCCCCGACUCACUACUGGGACCAACGCCAACUUUUGCAUACCCGCGACCCCUUCUAUUCAAUAAGGAACUCCGUCUUCGUCAAAGUCAAAAUACGGCGGAGAGACCUCGUACCCCUAACAACACGUCGAACGUUGUCAUGGGACUUUUUGAAGUGUGAAGUGUUCGGUAGCGAUAAUUUGUUGGAUUGUAAUUUUUGGUGCGGCCGAUAGAAGGAACAAUUUUGGUUUUUUGUGCUCCGAAAUCAUCCUAUUCGUCGUCGAUGUCGUCGUCAAUGGAAAGUGUUUACUGUGACGGUAACGAAGUGGAGACUCCUGAAUUUGUGUAUCACUUGUCAUAAUUGUGUGUUCAUGAUCUGAAAGAAAUUUUGAGAAUAAAGAAAAGAAAAAAAAAAAGCAAACAAUUUCACUUACAGUGCAACGGUGACUGAUCGAAUUAUUUUUUUUUCUUUCUCGUUCGUUCUUUCAAAAAAAAAGUGUCUUCGAGUUAUUUGGAAAAAUAGUAUUCAACCCCCUUACCCCGGUUGACUCGGCGGCGUAUACCGCAGUGCGAUAAUAAUCAGACAUGCCCUUUUAAGGGCUUGCGUUCCUAAUUUAAAGGUGCAUCAUUAUCAUCGUCGUCGUCGUCGUCGCUAUCGUAAUUAAUUUUCAUCCAUAAGUUUCAACCGUCGCUUAAAUUUUAAGCAGCGGUUUUUAUGGUCUUUAGGAGUAUCGCGAUGUUACACGUAGGUACGUCCGCGUGUGUUUCACCUACGAGAUAAUCGCGUGUGAUUGUGUGAUAUUUAUUAUUUAAAUAAUUUUUUUUCUUUCAUCCCAAUCAAACUGAAUAGAAACAUAAGGAGAAAUAGAGAUAGAGAAACAGAGGGAUACGGAUAAAGUGAAAAGCGUGUGAAGUUGGGAGAUAAAGAAAGAAAGAAAGAAAGAAAAGAAAAAUAAAAUAAAAAAUAGGAAGUGAAAGAAUGACGCUGGCCUAGCGAAGGGUGAAAUAUAAACGGCCCUAGUCGGCCGACACAACAUGUCACAGUUCUCCUUUAGAGGAUCACCCAAUUUGCAGUGCCCCGUGACAGCAACAUCUUCGCUAUCGUCGACUUCACCGUCACCGGCGUCGGCGCCGGUUCUUAGCUCGGGCAGCGUAUCGUCGUCCCUGAGUUCGAGCGCCCUUGGAAAUUCGUCGUUGCAGAGCAGAAUGGCGGUGACCAGCGCCGUCGUACGUCCACCUGGGAGUCCCACCGCUUCGGUCAGUCCGUCGCACGUUCCACCUUCCGCCGGCGGAAGAUGUUGCGACACCGGAAGACCGAUAUUCACCGAUCCCCUCACCGGACAGACAGUGUGCUCCUGCCAGUACGAACUUCUCGGCGGCUAUCAGAGACUCGGCGCACUUCCAACGGCCGCCCUGUCCAUGUACAGCGCGGCACCUUACGCCGUGGCAGCGGCCGCCGCCGCUUCCGAGGGGAUGGCCGCUUACUUUCCCGGAUUGGGUGCCGAUCAGGCGCCCUUCUACACACCCACGGCCGCCGGUCUCGAGCUGAAAGAAAACCUCGGAGCUGGUGCGGCUGCUGCGUGGACCUACCCCACCGUCUAUCAUCCCUACGAUGCGGCCUUCGGCUACCCCUUUAACGGUUAUGGCAUGGACCUAAAUGGAGCGAGGAGGAAGAACGCCACCCGUGAAACGACCAGUACAUUAAAGGCGUGGCUCAACGAACACAAGAAAAAUCCUUAUCCGACCAAAGGCGAGAAAAUUAUGCUGGCUAUCAUCACGAAAAUGACCCUUACACAGGUAUCGACGUGGUUCGCCAACGCCAGGCGACGACUGAAGAAGGAGAAUAAAAUGACGUGGGAACCCAGAAACAGGGUGGAAGACGAGGAUAACAAUAACGAGGACGACGACAGCGGGAGAAAAAGCGUCGACGAAAAAGACCGAUUAGACUCGAAGGAUUCUGGCACGGGUUCGAGCGAGGACGGCGAACGUCCGGCCCACCGAUUAGACAUGCUCCACGGAAGCGGCGGUGUGCCGGUCGGUCUUCAUCAGGGUAGAACGGAGAGCGAAUGGAGCGAAUCUCGCGCGGACAGCGGUCCCGACAGUCCCGAGUGCCUCUACGAUCAGCGCGAGCCAAGGCAUCCGUUGCACCUGCAGCAUCCCGCUUACCUCGCCACCGCCCACGGUCGUCUUUUGCAGCACCAUCCGUCCCCCGAGAGCACGUCGCCCAGCGGACAUCACCUUCCGCCCAGCACCAGCGCCUCCUCCACGGGGGGUGGUCCGGUCAAACCGCGGAUAUGGUCGCUGGCCGACAUGGCGAGUAAAGACGGCGACCACCACCACCACCACCAUCACCAACAACAACAACAACAACAGCAACAACAACAACAACAACAACAGCAAAGUCCCAAUCAAACGAUAUCGGGUCUUUCGUCGCCCUACGGCAACGGCGGGGGGGGAGGAGGCGGCGGAGGCGGUGGAGGCAAACUGGUGAGUCCGUUGGCCAGUCGAAUACCGCCCCAUCAUCCCCUUCACCCGGCGAUGCACCCCGGUUCGCAAUUCGUUCGUCCUCACCCCGACUUCUACCGUAAUUUCUACGGCGCCUCUCACCUCGGCUCCUCGGACAUGUCCCUCCUGGAGACGUAUUCCAGGCUCGGUGGCCUCGGCGGUGUUAUGCCGGCGGCGGUCAGCGCACCCAGCAUACUGACCUCCUCUUCGUCCUCGUCGUCCGGUACGGCCAAACCGUUUCCUAUGAACGGCGGUGUCACGGUACCCGGUCCACCCGGUCCGGGUUCCGGUAUUCUUCUCACGUCGACGUCCGGUGUAUCGCCCUCGUCCUCCUCAACGGCGUCGUCCGGUGCUUCGGAACAGUCACCCCAUCCCACAGGUAACACCCUAGCGCCAACGGAGCUCAAAUCUCCCGGCAGAGUCUGAUCCCUCGAUAUAACACGAAAUACGCGAAUUUCUUCUGAUAACGUUAAUAAUAAUUAUUAUUACAAUUAUGAUAGUAAUAACAAUAAUAAUAAUAAUAAUAACAACAAUAAUAAUAAUACUAAUAACAACAACAAUAUCAAUAUCAAUAAUAACGGUAACCGUAUGAAUAAUAAUAAUAAUAAUAAUAAUAGUAAUAGUAAAAGUAUGGAUAAAAAAUGAUAAUGAUAAGGAUAAAAUGCGGACAUUGCUUAUAAUAUCGUAGGAAGUGAAAAGGGAUGAAAAAAAAAAAAAAAUCGAGUGAAGAAUAAAUUGAGAACUGCGUGAAGAACCUCGAGAUCCAAUGGCAACGCGAACCGCAUCGCGAGUUAUCGAUUAUUUUAAUAUAUAGAGUAUAUGAAAAAAAAUAAAAAAGAGAUGAAAAACAAAACGUUUGGAACGAAGGAGAAAAAGAACUUAAGAAAAAUUAAUUGAUACCAAUUAAAUAAAUGAACGAACAAUCGAGAAACGAAAAGUGUGUGGCUGACAAUAAACAGACUUCAAAUAUUAUUGUAAAUUAGUGUACAGAGAGAGACUGAACCCCAUUGAGAGAAUUUCGCUUUUUUCCCCCCACAAUCCGGAAAUGAUAUCCCCCAAAUCUCGUGUAACCCCUACGAUUUUAUUCCAGAUUUUUUUAUUCGCGAGAUAACGUUGUCGAUUUUGAUUUCACCCCCAUUUCGUCCGAACGUUAUAAUUAACACGACACGCGUUCAUAGUAUUCAUUUUACCGCGUAUGAAAUUCUGUCCCCGUUUUCUCCUCCUCGUAUUUCUUCGCACUCCAGAAAUAAGAAGCUAAACAAAUUAACGAACAAAUAAGAAUAACGAUAACGAUACAUCCUCCCCGAAACCCCUGGAUCAAAUACCAUUGGCAGAACGAACAAAAAUAAUUAACGAAAUAAAAAAAAAAAAAAAAAAAACAACUUUACCGAGAUAAUUGAAAAGCUAAAAUUGAACGAAGAAAAAAUACAAAAAUUCAGAAAAAAAAAUGGAAGAAA